GUGAGCUCGCUCGAUUUCCAGCUUAUGGCCUGCUAUGUCGAGCAGACUCGGAAAGAGCCCAUCCAGGAAUUCCACCAUAUCCCAUCCCUCCACUCCCUCCAGGACCCCCACAAUAUGGACGUUAUUCUGCCGGCCAUGGCCCUCCAUGUCCCCCAACCUCUCCCAGACAUGCUCCAAAUCCACCCUGGUCAGGGGGUCGCUAGCGGACCAGCAGACAAUUCCCUCUCCGACAACUCCAGACAAUCGAUCAGUCUCUCGACAUCCCCCACUCCCUCAACCACAUCAGUUAACCUCACGUGGCAGUGAUUGAUCGACGCACAACAGCAAGAUCCUCCAAGUCAGCAACGACCCCCGUCAGCACCGCCGACAUGCUCAACAUCUCCCGCCGCACUUCCUGCUGCCCCCCCGACCAAAUCGACUCCCCGGCUCGGGGCCCGCCUGGGAGCGCCAGCCCGAGCACUGAAUAUACUUACAAAAAGGAAAAGCCACAUUCUGCGAUGUACCUGAAUGGCUCGCCUGAUGAACUUUUAAGUGACCACUUCUUGCAAGCCCUGCUGAGGAUAUCUUCCAAUGAUCUUUUCGGGGAAGAGAACGAGAAGGAAAUCACUGCAUGGUGAACUUCAUCAAGGAGACCCUGCUGGGUUCUCUAAAGGAAUUCCAGAACCGUUUUAUUAAUCCAAUUCAGUCUGCCAGUGUGCAGACUCCACCCCUGCUGAUGUCAAAGUCAUGAAGAAUUGAUCACACGUCCUUCACGAGCUGCUGUCAGGAUUCAUACAGGUAAUGAUCAUUAAAAAAAGAAAAGCUAGAAACGUUAUGGGGACAGCGGGAGUUGUUUGUGUUUGAUGUUUUUGUGUUGCAGAGGCGAGACUAUUCAGUGUUGACAUCCUGCCUCCCACCUAAGUGUAUUUGCUGUCAGUCAGAAUGAGUCCUCUGCAGUACAAGUUAUACACACACUAUCUGCAGUACUACACAGAAAAAGGUGUAGGUGUGGGCAGUUUGUUUCAGGACCUUCAUAUUCUGAGUUUGAUAUGGACCCAUCUCUGGUGUCUUAAAUUCACUCAACUCAGCAAGAAUAAGGGGAAAGAAGAAGAAUCUGCUCCCAUUCUUACAGCACUGGGUGCAGGGUUUAGUACAGGUAACAGGUCUGCCGCAGACUGGUAUCAUCAGCCAUUUAUAACAACAGCUGACGCCAAAGUGCUGGAGCAUUCCGGGAAAUAACAGUUGGUAAUGACAAUUUUACACCAUGCAGAGGAGCUUCAGGACAAAGUGUGAGGAACCUGUCUGUCACAGGACUUUAGUUUGAUGCACAUAAGAAGACUGCUUUGAUUUGUUCAGGAUGGUGUUUAGUCAGUCUUUGAUAUCAAUGGACCUUAUUAAGAGCUUCCUGGAAUAUGCAAUAAAGACCAAGGGGAAAAAAGAGUGUCCAUACAAAGGCAAGAAAUCGAAGAUUAUUAUUGUUUGGAUGGCAAUACCAGCGCCUGUGCUUGUAAGAGUUAAAACUCUAAAAACACAAGAGGGAGGCUGUUUCUGAUCUCUACUCGGGCAGGAUCUCUGGGGAUCAAUCUGGUUGCCGCGAACCGGGUCGUGGUGUUUGAUGCUUGCUGGAAUCCAUCAUAUGAUAUCCAGAGCAUCUUCAGGGUCUAUCGCUUUGGACAAAACAAAACCGUAUCAGUGUACCGCUUUCUGGCCCAGCGUCGACAAUAUACUCUGCUGGUUCUGGCUUCUCAAACUCACCUAUACAACCAAGAAUGGUCCUCCAACGUCACUGCCAGUCAAACAAGGCAGUGCUCAAGGCAGUGCUCCACUUUCUGCUGCUCAGGUCGACUCCAACAUCACCAUCCGGCUGCCAGUCAAACAAGACAAUACUCCACCCUUUGCUGCUCGGGGCAGCUCCAACAUCACCGCCUGGCUGCAGCAACCUGAAACAGUUUUCUACAUUUCAAAAACAAAUACAUAGCCUUGUCCCUCUCUCCCAAUUUUGCAAAGAAAGUGCAGGGACUAUUAAUAUCAUAAUAUUUGGAAAUAUUAAUGUAGUUUUAGCAUCUGAAUGUAUAUUCAUAUUUAGCACAUUCAGAACACUGAAUGAACUCAGAAAAACAAGCUUCAUCCUUGGGCACACUUAUGACUGGAGACCUGUACUGUUGUCAGUAUUCCUGCUAAGUGCAUUUAUUGUGGCAGCUGUUUGUUCAUUUAAAUCGAGCAGGCUGUUUAAAUGAAUAUUUGUUAAAGCAAGACUACUUCCAGACUGAUCUGACUUGUGUGUCUGAGUGCUUCUGCCUUUCCUUACUACCUCACAACCAGUAGCGUAUGCAGGAAAGUAUGCUUGCCACUACAGUACGAGUAUGUGUUUUUGGACAUGGACACUGGGGUCUGGUGGCCUGUAUACAAAAACACUGGUGUCAAUGUCUUUCCUAAAGUCUAAUUUGUUUCUAAAUAAGUGUUUGAAUAGUUUAGUUUUGAAAGGUUUUUCUGUUUGUCAUCUCACCAUUUUGUAGAUGUGGUAAAAUAAUAGUUCUAAUGGAAAGUAAAGCAAAGUAAAGAAAAAUAGUCUACUCUUUCUUUCGGGGGCGCUGUUUCUCAUCAGAAAGAGUUUGAUUCAUUAGAAUGCACUCGGUGCUGUAGGUAGAGAUGCUUCAGUGAUCAGAAGAGAGAGACGGAUGUCGACGGCUAUACCGUGAUGCUUCUGCUCGCGUGUCUCCGGCGCUGCGCGCGGCUUCUCUACUGGAUCCCAGUUACGAUCAUUAUCAUGGUCGUGAUGUGGUCAUACUACGCAUAUGUCGUGCACUUCUGUUGGAUUCUGCUUACCUGUGCGACGCAAAGAGUGGCGUUCCUUUGCCUGUUCCACGUGUGUUUUGGAAUGUUUUCGUGGUCAUUUUGGAAAGCAGUUUCCACUCCACCAUCCUCUCCUUCUGUGGAGUUUCAGCUCUGUUCUUCAGACUCACUCUCUUAUGAGCAUGACGAUGGUGGUAUGGAAAAGAGUCUUCUGGAAAUCUCCCGGAAGUUUCCAGUUCACACACGUACAGAGAGUGGAGCUAUCAGGUUCUGUCAUCUCUGCCGAUUGAUAAAACCAGAUCGCUGCCAUCACUGUUCUGUCUGCCAAAUGUGUGUACUAAAGAUGGAUCAUCACUGCCCCUGGUUGAAUAACUGUAUUGGAUUCUCCAACUACAAGUUCUUCAUGCUCUUCCUUCUCUACUCAUUCCUGUACUGCCUUCUCAUCGUCACCACCGUUACACCGACUUUCAUCAAUCUGUGGCUGGGCAAGCUGUUUGAUAGUUGUGUAAAACUGCAUGUUUUGUUCCUGACACUGGUUUCAGCGAUGUUUGCUGUGACCCUCUGUUUUCUGCUCUUCUUCCACAUCUGGCUGCUCACCAGCAACAAAACCACACUUGAGUGGUUGUCAGUCCCUUUUUUUGUGGAUGGGCCAGGCAGUGAGGCAUUUGAUGUGGGCAGCCGAGCAAAUUUUGUGCAGGUGUUCGGAAAGAAAAAGAAACUCUGGCCGUUUCCAGUAUUCAGCAGUCAAGGGGAUGGACUUUCAUUCCCCUUAAGAUGGCAGAUGCUGACUCACAAUCCUUCAGUGAUAAAUGGGAAUGGGCAUUGUGACUUGGAAGAAAUAGUGGUCUCACCUGAGGGUGUCUCUGUUACCAUGGCAGCAGAUGACUAGCGGUAAUGAAAUAAGGUUGCCAGAAUGUGUCAUUGCCGCCAUAAGUCUCUGGACUGGCAAUUUCUAGAAAGAUCUCAAUCACAGGUUAAGCUUUCAGGAGCAGCAGGCAGCCCUAUGGGAGACGAGAUGGUGAGGGUGAACACCUACCUGUGUGCUCAGUUUUCACCUGGAACACUUCCUGCAGGAGAGAUCAGGUCUCCAAAACCUCUCUUUUACUGAUCAGAGUGUGAGAGAGCAUUAUCGGGUGUCUUUGCUGAGUGAUAAUGUCUUUAAUUUAUUAUUUUGUGAUAAAAUGUUUAUUUCUGGAGAUCUUGGAUGUUUUACUGUUUUUGGCAGUGGAUUCUCGCUUUAUGACAUGACAUUUGUGUCCAGUCACAAUUAGUUAAAAUAUCUUCAAAGAGCUGAAACUGUUAUGUAAAAAUAAUACUA